CUCCUGAAGAGCCGAACAACAUGUUGAUUUGGGUCGUGGUCGGAGCAUUGUCUACAAUGGUGGUUCUGCUCCUCCUUUCGUGCAUUGGGAUCCGUUAUCGAGCCGUUCGCUACAAGAGACGCUGCAAUGAAAUGGUCAAGGGUCUGAUCUACGAAUUCAAACGUGUCAUCGUCGAACCUCAGCCAGACUCCGUCACUCCCCGAGUUUACAUUGAACGCGUCAAAUACAGCGUCACUCCGCCAUUAAAANGUGCUCGCGAAGCCGCCAAAGGAAUCCAGAAUUGGGAAUACGAAAUGCCGAUGGACGCCAAAUGGGAAGUCAAAAGAGAGGAUGUGAAGCUCGGGAAGGUUCUUGGCGAAGGUGCUUUUGGGCGUGUUGUGGAGGCGCAGGUGUGGGACCUUCGUACCGCUGUCAGAGGAGCCGUGUCCACGGUUGCCGUCAAGAUGCUGAAAGAGGGCCAUACCGAUACCGACCUGAAGUCUUUGGUCAAGGAGUUGGAAAUCAUGAAGAACAUUGGGAAGCACAAGAACGUCAUUAGUCUGUUGGGCUGUUGCACUCAGGCCGGACCUUUGCUUGUUUUCGUAGAAAUGGCCCGUCAUGGAAAUCUGAGAGACUUCUUGAGGAAACACAGGUUCGAUUUCGCCGGACGUCAAAUGAACUCCGGGAGCUUCUGCAAAACGAUCCUGACGAAGCAGAUGGAAUCCGGCUACGAGACGCCAUUUUCUAUGCCUCUCACGCCGCCAUCUUCCUGCAAAGCCAGCUCACCAUCGUAUGAGAAUGAUGAUGUUCGUGGUAUGCGACACACCAGCGGCAGCAGCGGUUACAACAGUAGCAACGGCAGUGGACAUGGCAGCAUUUCCAUGCACCUCCUUCACCACGGAAUUCGCCAACAUCAACAGUUUGACUCGGAAAUGGGUUCUUCCGGACUGACAACGGUGGAGCUGGUCAAGUUUUGUUACCAAGUUGCUCGUGGCAUGGAGUACCUGGCUUCGAAA